AGUUUUGGGAGAUUGCCAGUUCUCACUGCCCUUUCCACCAAUGCUUGGCCCAUGUGUUAAGCUCCCUGGAGGCACUAGCUUGGAUUUUGUUGAACCUUAAGAUGGCAAUCACAUGGUGACAUCCCCUUAGAAAGUUUUAGCCAAAAGUUCUCCUCCUGUUUUUUUGUCUUUUUCCAAUUGAGCAAGUGGUCUUACUUGCCCCGGAAGACAAAGAGAGAAAACAGCACUCUCGGUGAGUUUUGGAGAGCUGGUUUUUGUUGGAUAGCAACACAAGAUGCUGGAAGUGGACAUGUUUUGCAUUAGCAAAAGAGGAAACUUGUUGUUCACUUUGUACUGUGUCAGACCUGAUGGAUGAGAGAAGUAAAAAAUCAAAGAGUUCUUGAUAAAGGAAUGGGAAAUAGAUCUAUCCCUUGAAUUCUACUGAAUUCAUUGUUCUCUAUAACCUUCUGACUUUUGCUCAUUUGUUUGUUGAAAAGUGAAAGACUCUGUGUCUCUUUGGGAAAGUGUACAAGUGCUUAUCAUGAAUGAAGGAGUAAAAUUUACUACUGCUCUUUUUUUUCUUACGGUGGUGAAUGCGUAAUCAUACUCUAAAAGAGCCACAGAGACAAAACAGACUGAAGGCACAGUUGUGGAGACUGCAGUACGUCCCACCAGGCAGGAGUCUGACCCACGCUCAAACACACAGACACACUCCGAUGACGGAGGAGGAGGAAACGGGGAGUGGCAUCUGUACAGACGCAGCUUCUUCACUGAGUAGCACAGAUGAGUGCAGCCUGUCAGUCAGUCUGUCACUCAAGUGUGAUGGGCAGAGACCUGAAACCGUCAUUCUUCUUCUUUUUGCACUAUGCUCCUUCACUUUGUCUGGAAGUAGAUGAAGAGGAGAUAGCUCCCGGCAGUCCUGGGUUUCGAACUAGUCAACAGGAUGCAUCUGGUUGUAGAACCCAUUCAGGAGGCUGUGCUGAAGAUGCUACCUUAUUUUGUGGAGAAUGCUGUUUUGACCCAGAGUGAGAUAAACCGCAUCCUGAGUGAGAGCUUCUUCAUGGUGAAGGGUGCUGCUCUCUUUCUGCAGCAGGGGAGCAGUCAACAGAGCCAGAAAGCACAUCCUCACCACAAACAUGCAGGUGACUUACCUCAACACUUGCAGGUGAUGAUAAACAUUCUUCGCUCGGAGGACAGAAUCAAACUGGCGGUACGGCUGGAGAGUGCAUGGUCAGACCGUGUACGGUACAUGGUGGUGGUGUACACCAGUGGGCGACAAGACACAGAGGAGAACAUCCUACUGGGAAUCGACUUUACCAGCAAAGACUGCAAAAGCUGUUCGAUCGGUAUGACGCUACCUCUGUGGAGUGACACAAAGAUCCAUCUGGAUGGAGAUGGGGGCUUCACUGUGAACACAGCAACUCGGACUCAUGUCUUCAAACCUGUGUCGGUGCAGGCUAUGUGGUCGGCCCUGCAGGUGCUGCACAAGGCAUGCGAGGUGUCACGUAGGCAUAACUACUUCCCUGGAGGCAUGGCUCUCACCUGGAUGGGCUACUAUGAGAGCUGCAUUGCUUCAGAGCAGAGCUGUAUCAACGAGUGGAACACCAUGAAGGACUUGGAGACCACACGGAUGGACUCACCCACCAUGUUUGUUGACAAGCCUUCAGAGAGAGAGAGGACAGGGUGCCUUAUUAAAGCCAAACUCAGAAGCAUCAUGACGUGCCGGGACCUCGAGAACGUCACCAGCAAACAAAUCCGUACAGAGUUGGAACAACACAUGAACUGUAACCUGAAGGAGUACAAAGAGUUCAUCGACAACGAGAUGCUGCUGAUCCUGGGCCAGAUGGACAAACCCACACUCAUCUUUGAUCACGUCUACCUGGGAUCUGAAUGGAAUGCAUCUAAUUUGGAGGAGCUGCAAGAGUCAGGGGUGGGCUACAUCCUCAACGUUACCAGGGAGAUAGACAACUUCUUUCCAGGCACAUUUUGUUAUCACAACAUACGCGUCUAUGAUGAAGACGCCACUGACCUGCUGGCUCACUGGAAUGAGACGUACAACUUCAUUGUUAAGGCAAAAAAGAACGGCUCCAAGUGUCUAGUUCACUGCAAGAUGGGCGUGAGUCGGUCUGCCUCCACCGUCAUCGCUUAUGCCAUGAAAGAGUUUGGCUGGUCCCUAGAGAAGGCUUACAACUUUGUCAAGCAAAAGAGGAGCAUCACACGACCCAACACUGGCUUCAUGAGGCAGCUGGCCGAAUACGAGGGCAUCUUGGAUGCUAGUAAACAGCGUCACAACAAGCUCUGGCAUCCAGAUGCAGACUGUGAGAUGGCAGAGGGGCAGCAGGGGAUGUCUCAGUGUUGUGGAGUGGAGGAGGGAGGCCACCUGACUCCAGAGCCGGGGAUGUCUCCCUGCUGCGAGGAGGCGCUGUCUGAUAAGGGGGCUGCAUUUCCCGCCCUACGCAGGACUGUUGCACUGGAGAUUGACCCUGCCUACAACAACUACUAUUUCCGCCGGCUCUCGGACUCAGCGCUGGACAGCGAACCGUCAACACCUGUGCGCGGCCCACCUCUUCUCGGGAUGGAAAAAGUCUUUAUAGAAAUCGAGGAUGUGGAGCGGGACGCUCUGCUGGAUGAUGAGGCCUUUGAUGGGCGUGAAGGCCUGCCACUCCCCAGCUUUGGGCCUACAGCAGAGGGGACUGCUGCCCAGACAUGUUCUCAGCGCCCUGAGCCUCUGGAGGAGCUGCGUCUGAGGCUGGAGUUCAGCACAGUGGAGGAGGAGGAUGAGGAGGAGGUGCGAAAGGAAGAGGCAGAGAUGGAGGUGCUCAUGCAACCAGAUGAUGGAGGAGGUGGGGAUAGUGGCGGUAGGGAGGAAACGCAAGAUGUGGAGGUAGAAGGGGAUACAGAGGGUAAUGGGAUGGACCUGGCAACCCUAAAUGAAAACUCCAACAAUAACAACCAUAUGAGCACUCCACGUGUCCUCAAUGAAAAAGCGUCCUCUCUCCCCCCUCAAGCUUCUGCAUUGUCCUGGAGGGAUUCUAAGUCCAAGCUGAAAGAAGACUAUCCACCCCUGGUUUCUAAGCUUUGCCUUAAACCCAGUUCUCCUGAACUUAUAAGUGCUUCAUUCCCGCUAUCCAAUACCUCUUCUGAAGGCCUCACAUCUUCAGUGGGACUGCUGCGCCCCUGUGGCCCUCUGUGUGACUGUGCCAACUGUGCUGCCUCCCCACCCACAGCUCUACUCAACAGAGAGAAGCAGUCAGGAAACUCACUGUACUUACUGGAGCCGAAGGACGAUGGUGACUUAUUGAAAGUAAAGAAUGAGAGUCCGAAAAGUAAAUCUGAAGCUGCCUCAGAGGCUCUCCCUGAGCUGAUGAAAAUGGAUUCUGAGGAAGAGAACCUCGCCAUGGCUUGCUACAUUGGCCAACAGCAGGAGACCCUGUUGCAGCUGCAGAGGUCUGGGCUGGUCCGCCGACGUGCAGAGAGACUAGAGAGACUUUCAGGUUUAUCCCAGGAGAGCUUACCUUUGCACACAUGCCAAAGGUCCAAAAACAGCCCUUUUCACACUAAGGAGGAGGAAGAGUUGUCUGGCUUCCCUAAAUCUUCUACACCAUGCCAAGUGCGGUUAGAGCCACUGGUGGUGCCACUGAGCAAUGAAGCCUUGUUGGGGGUAGUGGGGUCUGGGUUGCUCACACCCACUUCCUCGCCUCAUGGCUCCACCCUGACACGCAGCUCCAGCAGUGACAGUCUGCGCAGCGUGAGGGGAAAACCUGGCCUCGUGCGUCAGAGGGCACAGGAGAUCGAGACCCGCAUGCGUCUGGCAGGCCUAACAGUUUCCUCGAGGCUGAAGCGGUCCAACUCGCUGGCCAAGUUGGGCAGCCUCAACUUUUCCUCAGAGGACCUGUGUUCAGCCUGCUCCUCAGAUGCAGGAACACUACUGCUCCUCUCGCUAUCCCCAGAGCCAGACCCCGGACUGGAAUGGGACUCCCCCACCACUUCUGCUCUGCCUCGGCCCUGCAAGGACCUGCACACUCCAGAGCGAGCAUUACCAGAUGAGCCCAGAAGCUGACAUAUCAAGUGGAGGUUAUAUACACUCCACUAUCCCCUCAUCUGGGGCUGGAGAAUUGAGUCAAAGGAAACUAAUGAAAACAAAAACACAAUGCCAACUAUUGUUAUAAGGAGUGUUACACUCUCCUUUGCCACAUUGUUUCUCGAUCUGCUGUUCACAGUGAUGAAAGUCAUAUUGCUGUAUCUGACAUGUGUGUAAAGCCAUCAGUGCACCUCUAACUUGACUCAUGGACAAACAAGUGCCUUACGUACAAGACCAGAGGCACAGAGCUGUGUGUUGGACUGCUGGAUGAGACAGUACAAGGCGCUCCAUAACCUUUAACUUCACAGCUGUUAGUACCUGAUAUGUACCAAAUUAUGGUAUCCAUUGGCACUUAAAUUAUUUUUACCUGUCUGGUACAAAGUGGUAGCCUACAUUGAUGAACUUCCCUCAAUGGAGCAAAGUGUUAAUAAAUGUAGAGUUGUUUACCGCACAGUUUAUGUUUUAGAUGCUCGAGGGUUGUAAA